AAUAGGCUAUUCAAUAUCCCAUCACAAUUAGGACUGUUAUUAGUCUUGAAUACAUGUGUGGUUUAUUAUGACCUUUGCUGAGGAUGCCUCUUCCAGCCCCUUUUUGUUUUUCUUGGCACCAGGACAAACUGUUGACAGACACUUUUCCUGUGUAUUCAAAUAGUAAAGUUGACAUGCUGGGACAGCAGACCAACAAACAGUCAGCUGCCUGGAGGCGCUUUUACGUGAAUGUUAAACAAAAUUACUGCCUCUUGAUGUGUGCAUGUCUCGACACUGUGCCCUGUUUGUGUGUGUGUGCCUGUAUUUGUCUGCCAACUUCGCUGGGGUUCUGAAAACCACAGUUUGUGGUGGAGAGCAAAACAUGAAUCCAUUAACUUCAUUAGGAAAGUGUUUUGUUUUAAUUGCGACUAAUUGGCCUGAUGGGAGACAGAACUGGCGACAAGGUGCGUUUUCACCUGGCUGGAGUCAGGCGGCGAGGCGUGGGGCGAGGGGGGCAAAUGAGGCAGGGGCUGACUGCGGGGAAGCCCCUCCAGCUUCAGCUUUUGCGCACACGCAACACACGCAUUCACGUGCACACCGGCUCAUACUUAAAGGAGAGCAAACAGUUGAAAUCUUUCGGGGGCACACGGCAAAAAUGACAAGCACGCGGGAUGCUGCGCUCCAUCCAAGCGGAGCUGACCACGCGGCUUUACGCGCCGCUGCAGGUCCGAUCUCAUCCAGGAAGACCCCGAGCCUUCCCGAGUUUAUCCUGAUCUUGUCAGUGAUGUUACUCGUCCCGGUCCAGCCAGCAUCAGCUCAUCCUCAGUGCCUGGACUUCGAGCCACCUUUCAAACCUCCUUGGCACCUGGAGUUUUGCACACAGUACGAGCAGUUCGGCUGCUGUGACCAGAAAAUGGACAACACGAUCGCGGAGAGAUACUGGGACAUUGUUGAACAGUUGGAAGUGGCGGGUCUUGAGCUCUGUUCAGAUAUGUUGAAGGAAGUCAUGUGCCAGGAGUGCUCUCCUUAUGCCGCCCACCUUUAUGAUGCUGAGGACCCAUACACACCUGUCAGAGAGCUACCUGGGCUUUGCUUUGGCUACUGUUCUGAGUUUCAUGGCAAAUGUCGCCAUGUGGUGAGAUAUUUAACUGAGAACCAGCUGCUGCAGGACGCCGCCGAGCGAGACGUGUCCACGUUCUGCAGCGUGGUCGACCUGUCGGACCAGGACUACUGCUACCCCAACGUUUUGAAGAGCUCUGACCUCAACAGCAACCUGGGGCAGGUGGUGGAAGACCCCAGAGGCUGUCUCCAGCUGUGCCUGACCGAGGUGGCCAACAAUCUGAGGAACCCUGUCCUGAUGUUGCACAGCGGUGAUGACACACACCGGAUGUUCAUUGCUGAACAGGUGGGCUUCGUGUGGGUUUACCUGCGUGACGGCAGCCGGCUGGAGCAGCCUUUCCUGGACAUGAGCGGGGAGGUAUUGACCACACCUUGGCUGGGGGAUGAGAGGGGUUUCCUGGGCAUGGCGUUCCACCCCAAGUACCGGGACAAUGGACGCUUCUUCAUCUACUACUCUAUCCAGGUCAACAGCAAGCUGGAGAAAGUCAGAAUCAGCGAGAUGAAGGUGUCUGACUACGACAUGAACAUGGCUGAUCCUUACUCAGAGAGGGUCAUUUUAGAGAUUGAUGAGCCAGCUGCAAACCACAAUGGAGGCCAGCUGCUGUUUGGUCUUGAUGGAUAUUUGUACAUUUUCACUGGAGAUGGUGGAAAAGCCGGGGAUCCGUUUGGGAAGUAUGGCAACGCGCAAAACAAGAGCGCUCUGUUGGGCAAAGUGCUCCGCAUUGAUGUGGAGGGAAGUGACUCCGGCGGGAGGCGGUACGGGAUCCCUCCCGGUAACCCGUUCCUCGGUGACCCGGAUGCCCGGCCAGAGGUGUAUGCAUAUGGGGUCAGAAACAUGUGGCGAUGCUCUGUGGACCGCGGAGACCCCGUCAGCCGCUACGGCAGAGGAAGGAUAUUCUGUGGAGAUGUCGGUCAAAACCGCUACGAGGAGAUCGACAUUAUUGUGAAGGGAGGAAACUACGGCUGGAGGGCCAAAGAGGGUUUCGAGUGCUACGAUAUCAAACUGUGCCACAACUCCUCCAACGACAUCCUGCCUAUAUUCGCAUAUAAUCAUCAUGUUGGGAAGUCUGUGACGGGGGGGUCUGUGUACAGAGGAUGUGAAUCACCCAAUCUGAACGGCCUGUACAUUUUUGGAGACUUCAUGAGCGGUCGAAUAAUGGCGUUAGAGGAAGAUAAGACGACAGGAAGCUGGAAAGAAAGGAGUGUGUGUAUGGGUGAUACGAAGACGUGCUCUUUUCCCGGACUCAUCAAUCAUCACCACAAGUUCAUCAUCUCGUUCGCUGAAGAUGAAGCAGGGGAACUGUAUUUUCUGGCCACAGCUCACCCCAGUGCCACGUCUCCUCGUGGAACCGUUUUCAAAUUUAUGGAUCCCUCCAGGAGAGCUCCUCCGGGGAAAUGUAAGCAGAAGCCACUUCCUGUCAAAGUCAAGGGGAAAAAGUUUCCAUUUGUGCCCAGGGAACUGACUGUGCUGGACACGAAUGAAAAACCUACGAGACCACCACCAAGAAAAUUCAAACUCACCACCAAAGCGCCGGCGACGAGCAGCGAGGUCAAAGCUACGACGGCUGCAGCCAGUGUGACGACGAGGAGCUCUUCUGCGCUGAAGUGGAAAUCACCUGAUAACAAAGACAGGAAGAACAAUAGAUUGAAACAACGGAGGAAAAACAAAGAUCCGAACAAGAAGGAGGCUAAAGCACGAGCGAAAAAGAAAACUCUGCAGCAGAAAUCCAGGGAUCAGUCAGAAACGACCAGUGUGAUAAAGUCUGUCAGUGACAAAGAUAAAGUAAAAUCAAAGGCCAAUCAAACCGACACAGAUAAUGAGGCUCCAAAAGCCUCUAACAGCCUGAAUGACAAUCAGUCCACACAAAGAAGAGGAAACGAGCACAGCAGCAAAUCAGACCUGAGAAAAACAGUGUAAAGCUGAAGGAAUCUGCAGCAGAACAUCAUCAUGUCAUGAACAGAAGCUUGAAUAUAAAGAGCAACACAACAUGGAGGAACCAGCUUCAGGUAAAAAGAGACGCCAAAGAACUUUAAAACAUUGUUGUUUUUUUAAAUUAUGACUGAGUCAUUAUUUUGUUUGUUUUUGUACAUGAAACAACAAGCAGCAAGAGUUAGAUAAGAUUGAUACCAGUGUUGUGUCGGUUCAAUAAACAUGAAGCCACAGCCAGCAGCUGUUUAGCUUAGCGUAGCAUAAACAGACUCCACUACCAGCAGCUGUUUAGCUUAGCUUAGCAUAAACAGACUCCACUACCAGCAGCUCACUAAUCAACAUGUUUCAUCUCGUCUGUUUCAUUUCUCGAAAAACAAAGAGUAAGAUUGACACUGAAUCUCUGUUAUUCCAGUUCAAAUGUAAUCUCCCAUAAAACCACAAAAUGUUGUUUUACACUUCUGUUUCCAUGGUGAUACAAAACAUGGUUUAAUAUGUGAUUAGUGAGCUUUAAUCAAUUAAGCUUCUGGAUGUAUUUUGUCACUUUUGGAUUAAAAAAAACAACCAAGUAUUUACUCUAGAGACGUGAGAGUGGUUUCAGUUUUCUCAUCCAGCUCUCAGCAAGAAAAUACAGUUCUUAAAAUGUUGAACUAUUCCUUUAAUUACACAAGCGUUGCAUGUAAUAAUGUAUGUACUCACACUGUUUCCUUCAGUUUAUUUUUCAUAAAAUGACUGACCUGAGAUUUUGUAUGUAUGAGUC